AGAUGUUCGAAUUCUCUCUCAAUCAUUCACACACACAGGGAGCUCAUUUAGACGAUACAGUUAACACAACUGCACAUAUCUGCGUGCACACAAUGUAUACAUGUCUCGAUUCUUACUUAUACACAUACACAGGCACCUCGCAGAGAUAAGACAUGUUGCAUCACUGAACGUGUUUUCCCAAUUCGCUUACGUAAGAGUCCAAAGUGCAUGAUAUUGUGAAUCACUCUAGGAUUAACUUCUAGAACCUUCAAUCGAUAAUAAUCUCUAAUCCGCAUUUACACUCGUGUUUACGACUGACAAGCGAUAAGGAGAAAAUGCCCGUUUCACAUCCCUGAUAGAGCCCCCGAGUCGGCCUGGUAUUUUUAGUCUCCCAGUGAUCUGGACUUUGCCCUCAAAACAGACGAACGACAGUCGUCGUUGUUACGAGGAGUACAGCGUCCAGAGGCUGCCAGACUCGCUUUGUCCCCGCAGUAUGUACAGAGAAGGAUCUGGUUGAGGAGCAGUGUACACGUAGGUAUGACAUGCUGUGUCGCCAGACUUUCAACUUCCAGAUUGAACUGGUGAUCGCCGCACGCCGUGGCUUCGCUAUUUGAACUCAACGACCCAGUCUCUCUACGCGUCAACCAAGCGUCGACUCAAAUGAAACCACACAUCGACUCACCUGACGACGCAACGGAAAAGGUUUCUCUUUCGUACCCAGAGAAGCAGAUGCUUCUGGAGGGCAAUGACAGUCACGUUGUUCUCAUCACUCCGCUCAACGCAGCCGACGAAGACAAUGCGAAGAAGACGCUGUGCGAGACGGAGGGGGAGGUUGGGGCCAAGGAGGACGAGGAGGAUCGCCUGCAGUGGACACACAGCUUCGAGUUCGUGCUGUCCUUGAUCGGCUACGCCGUGGGGGUCAGCAACCUGUGGAGAUUCCCCUACCUGUGUCUUAGGAAUGGCGGAGGGGCGUUCUUAAUUCCGUUCUUCUUGUUUCUAUUCCUGGCUGGAAUCCCGCUAUUCUACAUGGAAGUAUGUCUGGGACAGUUUUCUGGGACCAGCUCUUUAUUUGUAUGGAAGCUGUGCCCGUUGUUCAGGGGUAUCGGGUACUGCAUGAUUCUAGUCUCUGGAAUGGCCUGUAUCUACUACAACGGUGUCCUGUCCUGGAUCCUUUAUUACCUCGUAUCUUCCUUCACGAGUGAACUCCCAUGGGCGUCCUGCGGGCAUUGGUGGAACACGCCCACUUGCAUCGACCCCAGGAAGGGCAGCGUUGGUCCACACUGCAACGUGUCCACCCUCUCCGGCAACGACUCCGCCCCCGAUAACACUACCUCCGCCCCGUUUAACCUCGUAAGAGAAAGUGUGAGUUGGAUGCUAAGUAACGAUACCCUGGAUUGGACGGAAAACUGCUCGUCUAUUCUCGACGCUAACGACACCAGAGGAGGGAAGACCGCCGCUGAGGAGUUUUGGCAGUACAACGUGCUGAGAAAAACCUCCGGCCUGCACGAGCUGGGGUCUCUGCAGCUGCACAGCUCGCUGUGUCUGCUGGCCGCCUGGGUCCUUGUCUUCUUCUGCCUCAUACGGGGGGUCAAGUCCCUGGGAAAGGUUGUCUACGUGACGGCGCUGCUGCCUUACUUCCUGUUGACCGUGUUCCUUGUUCGCGGCGCCAUGUUGCCAGGAGCAGCGGACGGCAUUUUGUUUUACAUUAGGCCGGACUUCUCUCGCCUGAAAAGCAUCACGGUGUGGAUCGAGGCCUGUCUGCAGGUGUUUUACUCUUUGGGUCCAGCUUGGGGCGGUCUUAUAACUAUGGCUUCCUUCAACAAGUUUCAUAAUAACUGCUUCAGAGACGCAGUCAUCGCAAGCCUCGCCGAUGGGCUGACCAGUUUUUACGGAGGGUUUGUCAUUUUUGGUGUCGUUGGUUUCAUGGCGAAAGAGGCCAAUACCACAGUGGACAAGAUCGCCACACAUGGACCGGGUCUGGCACUGGUAGCCUACCCGGAGGCUAUCUCUAAGCUUCCACUUCCACCCUUGUGGGCCAUCUUGUUCUUUGUUAUGCUCCUGUCCCUUGGUCUGGAUAGUCAGUUCGGGAUGUUCGAGACUGUCAUCACUGGCCUCGUGGACGCCUUCCCUACCAAACUCAGGAGAUUGCGCGGUCGCCUGACCUUUGCUCUUUGCAUCGCCUGCUACCUCGUGUCCCUGCCGAUAGCCACCAAUGGCGGCAUCUACGUCUUCCAGCUGCUGGACUGGUACGUCGCCACGUUUUGCGUCCUGUUGACUUCAUUUCUGGAAUGCAUUAUCAUCGGCUGGAUUUAUGGAAUUGAACGUUUCUGUACUGACGUGGAGCUGAUGCUGGGUUCCCGACCCUCCCUGGCCGUCAAACUGUGCUGGUGUUUCGUCACUCCUUUCCUCAUGCUGAUGGCCUUCAUCUUUACGUGCGCUACCUACGUCCUGCCGGUGUACGAUGACUACGUUUACCCUGCGGAAGCCAACGCCUUGGGCUUCUUCAUCUCCGUGUUGCCGCUGCUGCCGAUCCCGUUCUUCAUGGUCAAGGAACUGAUGUCUCACGAAGGCAGUCUACUGGAGAGGUUGAAGAAAUCCCUGCAGCCAGAUGCCAGCUGGGGGCCUGCCCUGAAGGAGUACCGCCCCUUGUAUGUCCAGCGACUGCCCACAAAGCGCACAAAGUUUAUUUCUCAUUUUCGGCGAACUAAGCAAGCGCCAUCAGUGGGCGCCAAGAGCUCUUGAUGAUAAUGUUUCGUUAGCUUAGUCUUGAGGCUAGUCGGUCCGGUCAGUAUUUUUACGAGUGAGUGAAGCCCUUGAAAUCUUGUGACUGAAUUGUGGCUGACAAGUCUGUGCAGUGGCCAUUGCAGAUUUAACUUCAGCAGCAGCAGCAGCAGCAGCAGCAGCCUCUUAGAGGUAGGGAUGUGUCGGUGUUUGCGCGUGUGUUUGUGGAUAUGCAUACAUGGGAGAAUGCUAACAGGUUAGUGUAAACGUGAGUAUACCGCAUUGGUGUGAAUGUUUGCAAACGUCGGCGGCGUAGUUACUUAAUCACACGACUGCCUAGUCAAUGUUCACAUCCCACACCUUCAAAGGGUGGUGGGCAGGGGGAUGGGAGUUACUGAAGCGGGUCACACACGCAUGCCAUCAUUGAUGGACGUCAGUGACCAGCAGACCAUCUGGAAGGGAGGAAAUAAUAGUGAAAAUGACCUCACGUCACUGUGGAUAUGUUCAUGCUACUAUAGAUAUGAUCAUGCCAUUUUGGAUAUAAUCACACCGCUGUGAAAGUGUGGAUAUGAUCAUGUCACUGUGGAUAUAAUCAUCACUUUUUCAGUGGAUGUAAAGGAUAGAAUUUUAAUCUCUUCAGCACAGGACUGCUGAUUUAGUGUCCCGGUAAAAAAACAACGUUGACUUGUCUAUUGAUGGUGGCUAUGGAUAAUGUAUAUUAGUGCAAGACUAUGUGUAUGUUAUAACUGCGAUACAUCAUUGAGGUGAAGCCGUAGGGACGAGACACGUGUGUGUGUGUGUGAAGGAGGUGUGACAGAGCAGAUGGCUGUAAAGCUUCUGUCCUCUGACAUCACACACAAGGACAUUCCCGCCCCUUGACCUUUUCUUCCCGUUCGUGUGAGACAGGGACCAUCAGCUGAAGGUGGGGUAAGAGGGAGCUUGAGUUAGAUGUUGGGGGGGGGGGAUAAGUGCCACAUAUCAUUGACGAAACCCAUGACAGUGAGCAGAGAAAGAAAGUGGAAAAGAGUGAGAGCGCACAAUGAUCUUAAUAUUAAAGUCUAUUGAUGUACAAUAGCACUUAAAAGUGUAUUCAACUUCAACUGUACGUAGUCUCUUUAUUUGUACUCUAGCUACAAGACACACACACACACGAACGUAUAAGCCGAAAACGUCACUUUAUAUCCAUCCUUUGCUUCUAAAGAAAAUGUGGGUCUAGAUGUCCAUUGUCAUUUGAAACUAAUGUAUGUUUGCAAUAAAUUAAUGUCAAUAAGA